AUGGAGACCUUGAGUCAAGGCUCCAACUUCGAGACCUGGAAACUGCACAUGGAUGCAACACUCCGCGCCAAAGACCUAGACGACUUCCAGUACUGCCACGCGCAGCGCGUAAAGUUCAAGGACGAUGAACAUGAGGAUGCCAAAGCAAGAGAUCUGAAGAUUCAGCGUGAGGCGCUCUCCGAGGCCGAGUGCAAGCUGGACCCCGAGGCUAUCGACUACGCAGCACGACUUCGAGAAGUCAUGCUGGAGCGACGCCGUUGCGACGCGCUCUUGCGCCAUCGCAAGGCUCGACCAUCGACAGCAGCACGGACGCUCCUCAAAGCCGUGGCUGCAAGCCUUACCCAAGGGAUCUCCCAGGACGAUAUGAACAAGCCAUUCGCGCUAUGGAAAGUACUCGAACAACAGUCGAAGCCAUUCAGAUUCCUCGACCUCCCCGCCGAGAUGCAGAACCGCAUCAGCGCUCACACUCUCGCGAACGGCAGCCAGAGCAUCGAAGCCGCUCAGCCAGGUAUCACGAGAGUCAAUCGCCAGAUCCGUGAGCAAACACUCCCGAUGUACUACACCUCGACCACCUUCCACAUCCAUCCCCGCAAGGCCGACAAGUCCUUACACGGCCACGCCAAGACUCUCGGAAGCGCUACCGAAACCAUGGUGACCCAAUGGGUAGAACGCUCCGUAGGCGAGAACGCGAAGUACCUCCGUCGCGCUAUCCUCCACCUAGACUACCAAUUCCGUGCCAAGAAGCAAGGCACCGGCAAAUCCGCCAAGACAGACACUACAGGGAUCUUCUCCAAGCAGGUCAUCUUCGAUUACACGGAGGAGAAGGGGUUGAGAGUCGGCGUGGAUAACAGCUGUAACGCCAAGUUUAAGAUUCGGAAUCAGCAGAUUGCUAUUGAGCGGCAGAGGAGGAUGCUGGGCUUGACUGGGAAUGCCAUUGUGUUGGCGCUGGUGAGUAAUGUUGAGUUGUGGAAUGAUCAUGGGUUGGGAUGGAAGUGA